ACUAUUUUUAUGAUAAAAAAAUAGGGGUGGGAUGGUAUAAUCGUUAAUGAGAUAGGUAAUCAAUUAAGAGUAUAAAUAAUGUGUGCCCCUCAAUGCAAAAGAUGCAGAGAAGAAGGGAAACAAGCAAUUGUUAUUGGAAAACAUUGAUUAUGCAAUUGCUAUGUUCCUAAUUUAUGUGCUACCAAGGUGAGUCAGCUAAGUGUUAAUACAGCCAGAAAACUUCGGGUGUCUAGACAUUAAAAUUUUCUGUGUUUACUUUUUGUAGGGUCCAGAACAAAAUGCCCUGGGAAACAUAUUGGUGUUUUUUUAUAAGUGUUUAUGAGUAAAUUGAUCAUAACAAGGUCUCUAAUGCAUAUUUUUCCUUGUUCCUGUUUAGUAUUAUUAAAAACUCUUGAUUAUUUUUUACUUUUGCAGAAAGAGACAAAUUAAUAGACCCAAGCCAUUAUUUGUUGAAGAUGUGAAUGCAAUCUUCAGACAAGCAAAAGAAGAACAAGAAAAGACUUAUUCCACUGGGUAAAAUCAUUCAUGUCUUCACCAAACAGCUCACACAUUUGUCUUGGUUUAAUUUAGAGGCCCCAUGCAGCACUUUGCUGUCAUAUAAAUUCCACAAGUUCGAUGCUGCUAUUGCAAGCACCAACCAUACAACAUGGGUCAUCAAGGAGAGUACAACAAGGCAGAUAUCCUAGAUUUAUCAGCAAAGAAUUGCCAAGAUUUUGAGUUUGACAGCAGUACUUGGCUUAGUUCAACACUGAACUCACAAAAGGAAAAAACUGAUAAUCCCAAAAGGGAGUGCCGUGAGAAGUGUAACAUGGUUCCUAUUUCGGAAGAGGAGUUGAAGAUACGAAGUGAGCUUGGAAUGGAGAUUGAAAAUGAGUUGGAGAAAGAGAUAAAGGAGGGUAUAUACCACCUUGCUCUUGGGUUGCACCGGAUUUACCAGGAGAGGAAGGAAAGAAGUGCAAAAGAAACGUUUGAACUUGACAAUAAGCGAGCUAGAGCACUUACUGAACUGAACAUAAGCAUAAGAAUGGAAGGGAGAACUAAAGUUGAAAUCAGAGAGGUGAACAAUGUAAAAAAGGGUGGUUCUUAUCAACGGAAUUCUUGGCCAAAAAAUGUGAAGGAAGUGAAGAAGAUUGAUUGGGUAAAGACCCUGAGAGGAGGUUCAAGCCCUGUUUGUGGCAGCAGAUUAUCAAAUGUCAGCUCAAAGCCGAAGGGGAAAAAGCUAAGCACUGACCCUAAUGGUUUAUCCAAUUGGAAAAUUCACAGUGGGAGGGGAAAGAAAGCUGGUUCCUUUGGGCAAGUAAAACAGAAUGCAAGUGUGAACAAAAAGAUACUUCAAUUGGGGUGGAAGGUUUGAAGGGCUUGUUUUGAUUUCUGAAUUUUAUUUUUGUUUUGUUUGCAAGGUUUGGAAUGAUUUUUCCUCGUAACAAGGAUGAAAUAAUGAUUAAAUUGAUGAGAAGUUUAUUUAAUGAUAUUU